AUGGACAACAACCUGCGUUUUAACUUCCACAGAAAGAUCACCGGGGUAAGUGUGGGUUGAUGUUUUUUUGGAGCUUUCUAUAUGCCACAAAGGUUAUCUCCCUUGAGCCUGGCGUGCUGCAGUACCCAGCAUUCCUUAAGAGAUUAGCUGGGAUUUUAAUUGCACACGACUUGAGAAGGCUGGCCAAGACUAUAAUCUCAGCUACUGUGCUCUGGGAUAUGUGGAGUGACAGUUUCCAGCUUCCCAGGGUAUGGGGCUUGCUGUGCUGGCCUAAGGAAUCAGGGCCAAAACUGGGGUGGGGAACUCAGUCCAGAAAGACAUUUCUAAGUCUAGUAGCUUUAGAUCAGGCACCCCCAACCUGUGGCCCUCCAGAUGUUUUGGCCUCCAACUCCCAUGAUCCCUAGCUAACAGGACCAGUGGUCAGGGAUCAUGGGAAUUGUAGUCCAAAACAGCUGGAGGGCCGAAACUUGGGGGUGCCUGCUUUAGAUCUUUCCAGCUGCAGAUGCUACUGGGUUGGGGGGGGGGAGGAAGGGUGCUGGAAGUGGUCUAGCUCCUUAUAAAAUAAUGUUUCAACUGGGGUGCUUUGCAGCCACCAUUUCACUUGUGUCUGUUGCAUGUUUUCCUGUUUAUGAGAAUGAGGCUUAAUCAUUCCUGCUCUAAGUUUGCCUCCUGGCUAUGUAGUUUUUAUUUCUUUUUUGGGGGUUUGCAGAUCGUUGGUGAUCUGUAUAUGUUAUUAAGUUAUUGCCAUAUGCUAAUGAGUUGUGGCAAGGCUCCUCCCCCCUCAAAAAAUAACUACACUGGUACCUCGGUUUAAGAACAGCCUUGUUUAUGAACUAUUCCGUAUAUGAACACCACAAAGCUGGAACUAGUGUUCCACUUAGCAAAGUUUACCUCGGUCUACGAACGGAAGCUGAACGGUGGAAGGGCACCAGCAGUGGGAGGCCUCAUUAGGGAAAGCGCACCUCAGUUUAAGAACGGCUUUGGUUUAAGAACGGACUUCCGGAACAGAUUAAGUACGUAAACCAAGGUAUCACUGUAUUAAGGAACCAAUCCUGGUUACUUUCUUUCAGCAUUUGAAUGCCUACAUCUUUCCACAGGGAAAAGUACUAGACUGCAAAGGACUUUCAAGCCAACAUAGGCAGAAUAGGAAGAAAUGGCUGACAGUAAAUGUUGGGCCAGUUUCAGUUUAGAAAUCAUGUUCCCCUGAGCCUGGAAUGUUGAAAAGUCCUGCCUGUCUACAGUUCAGAAGAAAAUAACCUGUCCAUUUCCCACAGUCAUAGGGGGUAAUACUGAAUUAUCAUUUCAGCUCAGGCAGGUUCUAUAAUGGCCAAUGUUCUGUGUCUCAGAACACGAGGCACACAGAGCAAAGUAAGCCAGGAAUGACAGCAUGAGUGUGGCAGGUCCAGUCCCUGGCAUCUCCUGGUAGGGCUGGGAAUGUCCCCUGCCUGAAACCCUGGAGAACCACUGCCAGUCAGCAGUGGUGCAGCACUGGUUGCUGGCACCCAGAGCACGUGCCAGCCCAGCCCUUGCCACUGGAACAACCCCACCCACAUUGGAGCAAAAUGGGGCUGCACUGAGCUGCUCGCUCGUCCACACUGGCGGGAGCCUGGCCAGCCAGUGCAGCCCUUGGUGGGCAGAGAGGAGCAUUGGGCUGCACUAUGCUGGGGUCACCUGCAUAGGGACACCUGGUUCAUGCCACUUCCAAAAUUAUGCACCUGGGGCCACAGCUCCCCUGGCACUCCCCAUACUAUGCCCCUGCCAGCCAGGAUAGUUAAUGCUGAGCUAGAUGGAUGCAGCUUCCAACGUUCCAUUUAACAGCAUAGUGAGCUUGACGUUCUUGUAUGGUGCCAUGUUGGAAGAAGUGGCAGUAAACAGGGAUGUUGAACCAGAGCAUCACUUUCCCAUCUGUCCACCACACCAUGUGCCCCUUUGGCUUCUCCCUCCUUCACUGUGUGAAAGAUGCAUGAUGCUGUAAACACAGAAACAACCCCAAAGUCUCUCCUUAAUGGCUUAGCUGCCCUCCUCUCUCAUAUGCCACAGAGAGCGAUAAUGGGAGGAACCACUUGAAGAUCCAUAGGAGAAUGCUCUGCUAUCCAUUCAGAAGGCCCCAGCUUCAAUUUCCAGCAUCUCCAGGAAGGACCAAGAGACUCCUGCCUAAAAACUUGGAAAGUCACUGCGUAUCAGUGUUGGCAAUACUGAGGUGGAUGGUCUUGAUAGCGGUGGCGGUUGGUCCGUUGGGGUUACUGGAGUGCUGUCCCACCAACCUCAGUCUGCUCUCAGUUAGCCCUCAAUUGCCUACCUCCUUACUUGAAACCAGUUCAAGGGGUGGCACUGGCUGUCAGCUUCCUCCUCCCUGGUCUCAGCACUUGCAGAACUCAGCAGGGAAGAGGAAAGGGGCAAUAAUUAGUUUGUUCUGGCUCCACCUUCUGCUGGGCUCCCUGCCCUCUACCCCACCAGUCCCAAUGGGCACCAGGCAACUUCUGAUGCUCCACUGUAGGAUUGCAGCCAUUUCCUCCUCUCAUUUCUCUGCCUGAUUCUUAAAAAGGAACACUGCUGCUACCAUCUGCCUGGUCUAUUUUGGAUGAGCUAAGCUAGGGAAUCCCAGCCAGUUAUUCCAGUACAUAUAAAAAUACAUUUCACCAGCGUAUCUCUAUAUGUGGAAAUUCUGGGGAAUCCACCUCCUCUUUGGGUAGCAGUAAAAAUUCUGUUCUAGUUGCUACUAUGGUUUUUCCAGGUUAAGCUUCCUGUAUAGCAGUAUUGCAGGGCUGUGCUUUUUGUUACUCUGCUAUUUUGCGGGGGCAAUGUGGGCUCUUCUGUAUUGUCCAAUUGCUUCACUUUCAAUAAUGCGUGUUUAUGGAUUCAUCUCAUUUUGCUGUCUGUGCCUAGCCACCUUGAAUUAUUUUUGUGAUAGAAAGUCAGUAUUGCAAAUAUUUUAAUAAUAAUAAACCUUUAAGAGGCUGGGUGAUACACUCUUGUGCAAAAAUAAGAAAAGGUUCCUUGGCAUUCACUUCUGACCUCAGAUAAUUUAUUAUGCCUUCCCAUGAUAUUCUUACCCUAAAUAAGUGUCACAAUCUGGGCCUGCAUUCACCAUGAUUUGAUUUCUAAAGUCCUACCAGCUUCCAUUUUCUCUGGAAUCCACAUUCCCUUACAGGACCUACCUGGACUAGUAAAGCUGGAAGUAUUUUUAAGAUCGCUUUAUGGAUCUGUUUCUGUGACAAAUGAGAGAUUUCCUCCCUCUACCACACUUCCUGCUAGCUAAUUAUGGUCCUGUUGCCCUUAAUUACAGUACCAUGAAUUGUUCUAAAGAAUCCUCCCCCCAAGGAACCCACCCAUUUUCCAAUAGACUAGCUUGCGACAAUUUUAUUAAUUUCCAUGAUGGGUUUCUCUUUUCAUGUUGUUUUGCUACGUUUAUUAGACACUCAAUAGCUUGUAUUCUCUGGAUGCAAGAAAAGACUUACAAAAUCCACAUAACAGCAAAAGCUUAUCUGAUAGGCUUUCACAUGCUCUGUCUGUGCAACAUUAAUUGGUUCCAGUCCUUAAUGGGUGUGGUUAGAACCCUUUGUUGAUUGUAAAUGUUUCUCUGUUAAACUAUCCUGGGGAGUCCAGUUCUCUCUCUUCCUGCUGGCUCUUCCGCAAUACCUAACGGAAGGAGGCUUCUGGCUGGAACUGCUCCAAACCACAGGCAGCCCAGGAAAUAAUUCCUUGAUGUCACAUGAUUCAUAGGAACAGCUUAGAGAGAUAGCCAAAGUGGUGCCCUCCAGAUACUGCUGAACUACAGCUCCCAUCAUCCCUGGCCAUUGGGCAUAGUGCCUGUGGCUGGUGGGAGUUGUAGUAUCCAGUGGGCACAGUGUUGGCUUAAAGAAAACAGCAACUCCCUGAAUCCCUUUUAAUUGUGUGAUGCCGUUCUCUGUACUCUGGAGAAAGUGCAGUCAUAGGCAAAUUUGGAAGCACUUUUUUAUUUCCCGAAUACCCUGCCAUUCUGAUUUCCUUCAUGAUAUGGUGGUAUUAACCCUUCUGCUACCUUGAAAUGCCACCCAAGAGGGGUGCUGGGUCUUCCCCUCCCAUGCAGCCAAUGCUGGUGUCCUCCAGUGUAAUUGCCUCACUAGCCACCACUGGGGUGAAAGCUGCCUAUAUUUAUUUGUUAUACAGUUUCCUCAGCCCUGGUUCGGCUUACCAGAAGUGUGUUCAUGUGCAAUGUCUUCUCAUCAGUGGAGGCUGGCCCAUUAAGACUCAGUCUGCCCUCAGUCAGCCCCCACUUGCUGCCUUCUUACUUAAAACCAGCCAGUGAGCAGCAUUGCUUGUUAGCUGUUAUUCUUUGUAGAAAUAAGGGAGGAGGAGAACAGAGACGAAACUAUAUUUAGCCAGCUCUGCCUGUCAUAGGCUCUGACUCUGUUUCUUGUUGGCCCCCUUGCUGUCUGCCCCUCUGGUCCCAAGGGGCACCGGCCACCACUGAUUCUCAUCAACUUCUUUUACCAGCUGAACAAAUCCUUCAGUAAAUUUGACCGAGCUCCAACACUUGGACAAACAUGCUUAGGAAUGUUUCUGUUUCUUUUCUUUUUGGGAAAUGGAGGACUUCCUAUGAGUAUCUUUGCUGCCUUCUGCUACCUCUGGAAUUUUGCACCAACUUUUGAACCACUGUUGUUAUGUAGGUUCACCAAUCUAUAGCAACUCUUGGUGGCAAAGCAAUGUCCCAUGCUUGGUAUGUCUCAUGACCUACUUCCACCUCCUCCUUAUCUGACAUGUAUUCUUGUCCUUCCUAGCACCUCACCUUCCCUCUGCUGGCUGUCACACUGCUGUCAUCGUUUGGGUCUUCCAUGCUGUAUGGCUACAAUUUGGCUGUGGUGAACUCUCCAGCAGCGGUAAGAUUCAGACAGAAAGUGCACACACUGACCAUCAUAGAGCCUUCCAUCCUCUGCUGAGCUAGAAUGCCCCUCUCUCCACUUCCUGGCCUGAUACACCAUGUUGAGCUGACCCCUUUCUGCUCCUCCCAGGCCCUCACUUGGGUUAAUACUGUUUCCCACAGACAUCACAAGACUCCAAAUAACCUGUGGUUAAAAUCUGAUGAUGGUGAACACAGAUCUAGAACUCUCACAAUUUUAUUGCAUGUUGUGUCUUCCUCCACUGCAGCACAUCAAAGCCUUCUACAACACAACAUGGUUUCGGCGCUAUGGAGUGGGCCUGGCUCCAGCACGGCUCACUCUCAUGUACUCACUGACUGUCUCGGUCUUUGCCCUGGGAGGCCUGGUGGGAUCCCUGCCUGUGGGAGUACUGGUCACCCAAUAUGGAAGGUAAGGGCAGGGCCAAAAACAGAGUGAAUUUCCAAUUCAUAGCCAAGAUGUGUUGACAGAUACACCACCCAUUCAAUGUGGAGGGAAGCGAGGAUGACUGGCACUGAGUUCCACAUAGCUGAGCACCCACAUCCCUCUGACCAACCCCUAAUCCUGCUGCAAUUGCUCCUUGCCACUAUUGCCUGCUCUUCUGUCCCUUCUAAGCCAAUGAGCAGUGACAAAAGAGGAAAGCGAAAGAGAAGAAGAAGAAGCCUUAGACCACAUUGACCCAUCUCCCACUGGACAGGUGUAUGGACUGUGGCCAAAGGGAAGGUGUAAGCAAAAGUGCAGUGGCAACAGCAAUGAGGAGGUAGAUAGGUCUUCUCUGAGAGGAGGCCCAUAGACGGUAUCAUGCCCAAGUCCCCCCACAAAUGUUACAAAACACACAUUAAUCCCCGUAGAGUUUAGACAGCAGGAAUGUACUACUACGUAACCCAGUUCUGUUUUGGCAUGCAAGCCAGAAACUGCCUCUCUUCCCAAUGAAAGCUGCAGCACCCAUGAAUGUGACCAAUUCAUUAGCCUUCAACCUCAUGACCAUUAAGGACAGAGAUAAAAUUGAGCUGGAUAAUGUGAUCAAGGCAGGAGUGAUUCUAGAAUUCAAACAGUUAAAAGGUCAAAGAGGUUACAACAGUGCAAGAUACUGACUAGACUGACCUUUGGCUACACUGGUGAGACACUGGAUGCUGCCUUAUUCCAUCCAGCUCAGUUUUGUCUGCACUGCCUGGAGCAUAGGCUUCAGGCAAGGGUCACUCCCCAUCUCUUACCAGGAGAUGCUGGGAACUGAACCUGUGACUCUCUGAAGGCAAAGAUAGAUGAUAGGUAUAAAGACUGUCAGUUAAUUUAUGGUCCUCUUUGACAUCUCAGUUGAGACAUGUUCUUUAAAAGUAUUUAUUUUGUUAGGGCAUCAGGAAUGAACUGAAUCACUUGGAAGCACGAUUAUUCUUUACCGUGGGUUGUUCUGAAUAUGUUUUAAGCUGACACUUUAACUGUCCCUGAAGCUCAUUGGAAACAUAUUUUGUUAAAGAGGGUGUAUAAAUAAUAGAAGGAAAUGUAGAACAGUUGUGUCAGCUGGGAUAACGCUAUGAUUGUCAAAACAGAGCUACUCCUUAUGCCUGCCUCUCAACUCACAUCCCAGAUUUAAUUUGAGUUGAGGCUACUUGCCAAAUCUCAACUCUACCAUCAGAACAAUUUCCAUAUGCUCUAGCAAACAACCGUGUCUCCGUUUAAACUCUGGAUAUCACAACAAUUCAUCCAGCUGAAAGGUUGCUCAGUGAUCAUCUACAUCAGGGAUGGAGAAUCUGUGGCCCUCCAGACAUUGCUGGACUCUAAGUUCCAUCAGCCUCAGUCAGCAUAGCCAAUGGAUGCUGGAAGUUAUAGUUUAGUAACGUCUGAAGGGCCAUCUCUGAUCUACAUCCCAUUUGGCUAGUCACUCCACCUCUGACUACAGGCCUUAGGAUCUGGCAAAGCAAUUCUAAUGGGGAAAGGAGUUAGAAGCACCAAGGAAGGAAGGGGGCAGAGGGGCAAUUAUAGGGAUGCCAGAUGGGCAUUUUGUUGCAACAGAGAGCAGAGUGUUCAGCAGGGCUGGCCCAAGAUACUUUGGCACCUGAGGCGAACCAGAAAAUGGCGCCUCUCUCCCUGGUAGGGAAGAAUGGGUGAGUGAAUAUCUACCUCAGAAGCAAGGAAGUAAGAUCUACAUCGGGAUCAGCUGCCCCUAUGGAUCCUGCCAUGGUGCCACUUGGGGCAGUCACCUCACCUUGCCUCAUGAGUGAGCCAGCCUUGGUCCUCAGGGAGUGGGGAUGGAACAAAAUGUUUUAUUUGGAACUUUUUGUAAUCAAAGAGGUUGGAUGACCAUCUGUCAUGUGUGUUCUAGUUGAGAUUCCUGCAUUCCAGGGGGUUGGAUUAGAUGACCCUCUGUUCCCUUCUACCGCUACAAUUCUAUGGUUCCAUGAUUCAAUGAAACCAUCUAAAAUAAAUGACCUCUCUACCAGGAAUGGCACCUUGGUCCGUAGCAACGUCCUCGUCUUCCUGGCUGGCAUGUUAAUGGGAUUCAGUCGCUACUUGGAAUCACCUGAAAUGGUCAUAUUCGGACGCUUCAUAACCGGCGUUCACUCUGGUAAGAGAAAUGUCUCUGCCCAGACUUCCUCACUUUGUGUGUGGGUCUCCUCCUUCUCUACUGUAGUUCCUUCUCCUCUAGGAUCCAGGUAAUGCACACCCACUGAAAGCUACGUAUUCAUCUCAAAAAGCAUAUCUGUACUGUAUAUAUAGAUUAUUAGAGCCACUGCUGCCUCUCUUGCUCAUGACGUUCCACAUUGAUUUGAAAAGCAAAAGAACGUGCUUUUUAAUUUAGAGAGUUAGAAAUGAGUUACCACCUACAGUGAGUGAGUGGGAACAUUCACAAAUUAAUGAAUGUGGAUUCACUGCAUGCACUUUCUGAAUUAGGCCACUGCCCAUAAAAUCUCGUUCCACAAUAAACUAAUUGCUAAGAUGACACAUUCUGCCUCUUUGUAGCAACAGAACUUAUAUGACUACUUUGCGGGAAGUUAAUAUAGAUUUAGUUGUUCCUGAAGAUAUUAGCCCUUAGAUAUCUGAGGUUGCUGGCUGAUUGCCAUGUCAUUCACCACCUUCCUUCCCUUUUCUUUCCUCUUCCUACCAGGGAUCUGUCUCAGUGUGGUGCCCAUGUACCUGGGAGAAAUUGCCCCUAAGAACCUGCGUGGAUUCUUGGGCCUUGUACCAAGCAUUUUCAUCUGUCUGGGGGUCUUCUCUGCCCAAGUCCUGGGCCUUCCAGAGCUGCUGGGAGAGGUAAAUGCCCAGGCCUGCCACUCUUUGCAUGGAAUGCCCAGGCCUGCUAGCUUCGUUGCUGUCAGAAUGUAAACUGAUGACAGGAUGGGAAGGGCACCACUGGGAGCAGCUGAGAGUCCUAGAAGAGUGUGCUAGCAAAAGGUGGUGUAGUAAUGAACAUGUUGGACUUUGGAUGGGGAGACGUGAACUUACAGACAUGAAGUUCACUGAAUCACCUAAGGCAAAUCACUGUCUGAGUCUAGCCUACCUAACAGACUUGUCCUCCAAUCCUCAAGCUCACACUGUUGCUAAAUACCACUCUAGCAGAUGACACCAUCACCCCUGCUGUCAAAAAGAGCAACAAAGCUUCAUUUCAUUCCACUGCCCCCAUUUCUCCUACUAGUUUAGAAAAGGCAGACGGGCUUUUGCCAUCUUGAAUCCAAACAUGUGUUUUUUUUAAUGCGCUUCCCACUUCUUCAAGUGGUGAGAAGUUCUAGGAGAAUGACUUAUCCAUCUUUUAUUCUCAUUGGGAAGAAGAGAUGGAUGGCGAGUUAAUAUGUUUCUGCUAUAUUGAUUUACAAAUAUUCAAGUUGACCAUAAAUGGAGGUGAACAUGGGGCAUAGGUGGAGGGCUUCCCCUCCCAGAGGUGUCUCCAGUUAUUUCCUAGCCAUUCCCAGCCAUUUUAGCUCUAAUUUCCCUAACAGAAGAUGUGCCUGCUGGUAUGCUUGGCCUCUUGGCCAUUAAGGAACCUUAAGAACUCAUUCUGCCUCCUUUAACAUUAACAAAUGCUAAUCCCCACAGCAGAAAUCAAAUAGCAAGACCAUAACAAUGUUAAAAGAAAUCUGGCCAUUAUACAGAGAAAAAGUCUCUGCCAUAGAGGAAAGAGGAGGCAUCAGGGAUUAUGUUGGAGAAAGUGCGGGGAGACAGAUGUGGUGGAGGAGGGGAGUAUCUUGCUCAGGUCAUUCUUGCUUCUAUCCAUGCACCCACCACACCCAAAAUAAUGCAAGACCUAGGUUUGCUACACAUUUGGAAUUUCCUAGACAUAUCUGGAAUACUGCAUUCAGCAGCAGCAUCCGGACGGAAAUUGUUAAAAUGUCUGGGAAAAUCCAGACAUAUGGCAGUCCAUGUCAGCAGUGUUAUUUGCCAAUUUCCCAUAAAAAUAGCUCAAAAAAAAAGCUCAACACCUUUGGCCAAAAGUUUGAAAUAUGGCAACCCUAGCUAUACCCUUCAGGACUAGGCUUUCCUAUAUAACCCUGUGAGGAGAAAGAUGGAGAAAGGGCUGCAGAAAAGGAGCCAUUAAUCUAUCAGUGUGGAGCCAGUGUGGUGUAGUGGUUAAGAGCGAUAGACUCGUAAUCUGGGGAACCGGGUUCGCGUCUCCGCUCCUCCACAUGCAGCUGCUGGGUGACCUUGGGCCAGUCACACUUCUUUGAAGUCUCUCAGCCCCACUCACCUCACAGAGUGUUUGUUGUGGGGGAGGAAGAGAAAGGAGAAUGUUAGCUGCUUUGAGACUCCUGAAGGGGAGUGAAAGGCGGGAUAUCAAAUCCAAACUCCUCCUCUUCUUCUUCUUCUUCUUCUUCUUCUUCUUCUUCUAUCAAGUCCUUUGUGUUUCACAACCUGCAUAAAGUAUCCUCUUUGCCAGAAAGAAGCUGCAAAACCCCUCUCAUCAUGGGGGGGGGCUCGCUCUCUCCUAGGAUGCCUACUGGCCUCUCUUCCUCUCGCUGGUGGUUGUCCCUGCCUUCCUGCAGCUGAUCCUCCUGCACUGGUUUCUAGAAAGCCCCCGUUACCUUCUUAUUGAGAAGAAUAACGUCCUUGGAGCUACUGAUGGUAAGGGAAGUGCAAGGAUCUUCGUUCCUUACCGCUUGGAAAUAUUUUGGGGGUGGCCAUGAGAGGCCAGAAAAGUUUGCUAUUGUGUGGCAGGGCUACCCACAGCCUCCAGGCCUCCAGCUGGCCAUCCCUGUCCUGGAUACUUUUCUCACCCGUGUUGUCUUAACCCUACAGCACUGCGCUGGUUCCUGGGCAAGUACGACGUGCAGGACGUAAUCGAAGAGAUGCAGGAGGAGAAGCGCUCGCUGGCUUCUGUGGAGACGGUGUCUGUGUGGCACCUGCUCUUGGAUCCCUCUGUGCGAUGGCAAGUUCUCUCCGUCGUGGUGAUCAACAUGGGCAUGCAGCUCUCAGGGAUUGACGCGGUAAGGGCUGCAGGGUUGAUCAUGCCUGCCACAAGGCCGCUGGGCUGGCCUGCGCCUCCUGCACCUUCAUUCAAGCACAACAGUAUUCCAACCUCACUGCUCUCUUCCCCUGUUUAAACCUCUGGGCGUAUUUCCCCCAUGUAUCUGCAACACCUUCGCUAACUGGAGCCAAAUAACUCUGAGCUAGGUGCCAAAAGUCAAGAGUUACUGUUGCUCCUCCCAAAUCAUGAAUAUUUAUUUAAAUUUCCGUACCGCCUUUCCUCCCAAAAUGGAGGCAAAUUGCAAAACAGAAAAACAAUGCAUAAAUAAAUAAAUCUAAAACCUUGUAAAACAGUCAUAUCCCCUCACAGCUAGUAAUGCCAAGUUUGCAGGAAACAGUGCUUUUCAGCCAUUAAAUGCCUGGAGGAACAGGAAUGUUUUAACAUUCCACCAGAAUGUUAAUAGUGGGAAACUACCACCAUGGAGGCUCUGUCACAGGCAGCCCCCAGCACUAUCAACAGGCUGAGAUGGUUGACAUUCUUGAGUACUUUGGUCCCAAGCCUUUUAGGGUUUUGUAAGCUAGUUCCAGGCUUUGUGCACCUUGAAUAGAGCCUUACUGACACCCACUCUGCUUGCAAAAGGAGGGAGGGAGAAGGGUUCCGCAUGUACUUUUCUCUCUAGCCCUGCCUACCACUGAUAUGCAGCCCUUAACAGAUUACUCCCAAGCAAAUACAGCCCAUGGCAGAAAAAGGCUCCCCACUCAUGUUUUACAUCAUGCAUUAAAAUGAUUUACUCUAAUUCAUGGUAGAGCAUAAUUAAUCCCAGGAGGGAGGGGUUGGGCGAUUAAAAAUGAGGCACUCAUAUCUUAAUAAAAGUGCUGUUAGUACCAGCAUACAAAUGGUUGCCAUAAGCAGCCAAAAAAGGUGAUUUUUCUUAUUUUACAAGUGUGCUACAGAACGGAGAAAAGUGGCAUGCCUCCAGCUAAUUUUGAUUUGAACUCAGACCCUCAAACUGUCUUUGCUAAGUCCCACUGGCAUGAAAGGAGAGGAUAGGCAGAAAUGGUCUGUGGGUGCUAACACACGCAACUCUGCAGCAGUUCCCUGCAUACCCGUCCCCUGGAUUUCCUUGCAGCCUCACGAGGUAUGCCACUGUCCUUCCUACUCUUCUAAGCCACACCUACCCCCUCUGCUUAUGAUUUCUCCUCUUCAUUGACAGAUCUGGUUUUACACAAAUGUCAUCUUUGAGAAUGCCGGCAUCCCUGACCCAGAGAUCCCCUACACUACGGUCGGCACGGGUGCGAUUGAGGUCGUUGCUGGCUUGAUAGGCGUAAGUGUGGAAAUCUCUAGUUUGCGUUUGGCUUGUCCUUUAAGAGGGCAUCAUCCUUCUGCUUUCCUUUUGCACUGAGAGAAUAGAUUUGUAUGUACUUUUCAUAAUGAGACAGGGCAAUAAUUUCCUAACUCCUUUCCAGUGUGGAGGGCACACUCUUGGUUCCUUCAGGAUGCUCUCUACCCAUUUUCACCUGGAAGGAUAUUGUUCACAGCUGGGCUCUUGGAGAAGAGAACCUGUGAGGUUGCUUGUCACUGCCUGGUCCUAGCAAAGAGCCUUUUCUUGCACUCAUUCUCUGCUCUCCUUGUGUUGCCAAACAUAGCCACCAGAAGAGAACUGCUCACUUGUCCUCAGCACUCACCAGAUACUGUUUAUGAGGCUGGAUACACACCAUAAGUCUAAAGCACCUCCUGGGACUCCUGGGAAUUGUAGUUUACCCCCACAGAACUACAAUUCCCAUAACUCUUAACAAACUACCAUUCUCAGGACGGUGGGAAUGUGCUUUAAAUGUACGGUGUGUACGGAGCCUAAGCUAGCAGUACUUUCCUUCCUGUCCUAGCUAUGUUUCUUCUGGGCCUUUCCUGCUGAGUGGCGGCAGUGCUCUCCUUAACAGAGCAUCAGUCAAGGCACAGGCAGAAUGAAAAGCAACAGCUUGGAAGAUCUCUCCAGCUGCCUCUCUUUCUCCACUGGAGGUAGGGAGUGAGGACCAUGCAGCAAGUCUACUUAUAGGUAAAGGGGAACUGUGUUCCAUGCCUUUCUUCCUCAAGUGGGUAAUGUGGGAACUGGGCCAUAGGCUGCAAUCCUAUACAUGGAGGCAGCCAGUGUGGUACCUCCAGAUGUUGCACUCCACAUCCCAUCAGCCCCAGGUAGCAUAAUCAGGGAUGAUGAGCGUUGUAGUCAUAAGAACAUAAGAGCCCUGCUGGGUCAGGCUAAAGCAGCCUUUCUCAACCUGUGGGUCCUCAGAUGUUGUUGAACUACAACUCCCAUCACCCCUAGCUAGCAAGGCCAGAGCUCAGGGAUGAUGGGAGUUGUAGUCAAACAACAUCUGGGGACCCACAGGUUGAGAACCGCUUAGCUGGGCUAAAGGCUCAUCUAGUCCCACACAGAGUGGGACUUACUUCUGAGUAGACAAGGCACUGCUAGAUUCUCUGUGAUCAAAGAGCAGCCAGCACACAGAAGAGUGGAGCAUUUUGCCUUGUGGCUUGGGAGGCCAGAGGGAUCACAGAACCAGCCUCACUCAGCAUGGUCUCUCAAACUCAAGGGUUGAAUCAUUAUGCAGACUUAGUCACAGCCCCUUGUCUCGUCACCCCCAGACAUCUUACCACAGAGAGGAGGAUAAUCAAUGGCACCUCCUGUCUGUGGAGAGGGACUCGCAGUAUUGUAGGAGGACAGAAGUCAUUUAUUAAUCAGAUUGCUUGCUUCCCACAACAGACAGGCAUUUGUAACACUGAUGAUUUGCCUUGGGAGAUGAGUCAAAAGGACCCUUCUGAUUAUUGCUAAUAGCUCGUAUGUUUGCAUACAGCAGACUCCGGCAAAGGCUUCUGAGGGGUGCAAGCAUAGUUACAUAAACAACAGAUUUGCAGGACACAUCCAGUAUGGCAUUUGGUUUGUUGGCUUGCUUGUUAGACAAGAGGUAUAAAUGGCAGGACGAUCCCAUACCUAAUGCAUCUUGUAGCUGUCUUAUUGCAACAAGGGUGCUCAUUCCAGCUGUCACCGUCCCUUUGACUCCAAAUUUUAGCCUAGCUGGGCCAGAUUUCCAGCUGGAUAUCACCCAGGGCUGCCCAUGUCGGACCUGUGCCUCUCCCUAUUACACAGGCACAUAGCUCUCCCGCCCACCAACCGCCUUUGCUGCCCAUCAGCAACGCCUAACUCCGGCAAGCUCAUCGCUCCAUCAGCCUGAUUGCUCCUGAGUGCCGACAAAAACGGCCCCCAAUGGAUGCACUGAGGUUGGUUAUAAAAUUACAGGCAUUUGUUCUGCUGUCAGCAGCUUUCCUGCUUUGGCUUCCUUCUGGCAGCUUCUCCACACACACACACACACACACACACACACACACCAUCGCAACCAUAGGCUUCUGGCUCCCAGGAUACCCUCCUUCCUUCCACAACCAGUGCACAAACUGCUCCCAUAGCUGGAGCAGAGCCAGGGGUACAUCCACAAAAGUUUGUUCCUGAACCCCCUUUCCAUCAGCUUUAAUGAAAACGACCUCACUUCUUCUCUUAGGGAUGAACUUAACGGUUCUGCUUUUCAAUGGCAGCUGCCCCAUAAUACAUUGGAUGAGAAGCCCUUCCCAAAGCUAGGAAUAAAACCAGGACUGUGCAUUUCCAGGCUAAUGUUGUGCCUUCUAUAUGUUGACCUCCUUUGUAAUGUUUUAUUUUGAAAUCUUUAAGAUAAUGUUUAGUUUCCUGUUAAUUAUGUUACUCUGAACAUGUACUUUAUAUUUGAAUUUCUUCAGUAAUGUUUAUUCUGGAUUGUUUUAUUUGAUGUUUUAUUGCACGUUGUAAAACGCUUUGUUUCCCCCCUUAAAAAUAUAAAGUGGUAUAGAAAUAAUAAUAAGCUGUUGGACUACAAAUCUCAUCAUUCCUGACCUUUGGCCAUGCUGGCCCUGGCUAAUGGGAGUUGGGAGUCCAAGAGCAUCUGGAGGGUACUAUGUUGGCUGCCUCUGACCUAAACUAUUUGAUCUUGGAAAAUAGAAUGCAGGAGACAAUGCCAAGCAUAAGGAAGAUGUCACAUAGUCAGGCUAUUGGUUCAUCUUGCUUAGCCACUGCCUAUGGGCAGCAGUUCUCUAUGGGCAGAACAUCAGACAGGGUGACAUUCCCUGCUCUACCUGGAGAUGCUGGAGAGUGAACAUGGGAACUUCUGCAUGCAAAGUGGAUGUUCCACCAGUGUCAGAUCUAUUGCUCUAAACCACCACCACAUGUGUGUAGAAGCCCAGUAUACAAGCUAUGCCAUUGGGACACCUGCACAACCAGGUGCCCUAAAAACAAGGAGCCCCUACUCUUGAGCAUGCACUCACAAGUAGGGCUUCCUUCUCACGCACCUGCAGGGAACAAAUGUUUGUGGGGCAGGGGCAAGAUGUUGCACUGGGGCACAAACUUAUGCCCUGCAUUUGACUAGGGCAUACUGGAUCCCAUAUUGGAUCCCACUCUCCCCUGUUAGUUUCUGUUUUGCCACUGAGCAGCUGCUUGGAAUCACAGGACUCUGUUUACAUUCCAGAGACCUUCCAGUCUCACAGGAGGGGAGAUGGGAUGUGAUGUUAGUGGUUUCCUGUUUCCUUUGUUCCUUUGUUUCAGUUGCUCUCUGCUUUCAUAGAGAGAGGAUGUCUUUUCUGACUGCGUAGCUUAGAAAUAAAACUCUUUACAAUGUAGCCCAAACCUCUCGUCUCUUCCCUGUGCUGGGAACUCUGUUGAAUAGAAUGUGCCUUGGAGCCUCAUCAAAGGCUCGAGGUCGUUAAUUAUUCGUCGGAGGCGAUUCUGGAGACUCGGCUGGAAGCUGAGGGUUUAUCAGCUUGGCCGAGUGGAGAUUCCGACAUCCCCUAGCUCUGGAACCAAACCCAGAAUUUCUAAUGGUUGGCAUUCCAGCCCCAGUGAUGGCCAAACUUGGUCCUCCAGCUGUUUUUGGACUACAACUCCCAUCAUACCUAGCUAAUGGGACCAGUGGUUGGGGAUGAUGGGAAUUAUAGUCCCAAAACAGCUGGAGGGCCAAGUUUGGCCACCACUGGUAUAAGCAAUGGGACAAGAUGGUUCUGCAUCCAUGCACUCUCUACGUAGCUAAGAAUGAUGUUACUCCAUGCAGUACUGUUGGCGUCUAUGCAAUAAGCUUGUCUGUAUACUUUGUGUAUAUAUUUGGGGGAAUCGCAGAGACCAGGGAUGGAAACCUCUGGCCCUCCAGACAUUAUUGAACUCAUCCGCCCCAAACAGCAUGGUCAAUCGUCAGGGAUGAUAGGGGUUGUAGUCCAACAACAUCUGCAGGCAGUGCUGGCUCAGGAUACUUUGCUGCCUGAGGCAAGGUAUAAAAUGUUUUCCUCUCCCCUUCCACGUUCAGAAGCCAACUGGACCAGCAACUGAAUCUUACUUCAACACCAGCAAUGAGGCAGUGUCUUCCCUUGCCUCCAAGAAAGGCAGGUACAGGCUGUGAGGCACACAUAACUCUGUCCUUCAACUGAAGAAAAGGCCAAGGCUGCAUCAUUCUGCCUAAUGGUAGAACCAGCCCUGCCUGGAGGGUCACAAAUUCUCCAUCUCAGAACAGACAGAGACACAUGCAAAACCCUAAUACAACUAGCCAGCAACCUGUCUCCUCGAUUUCCCCCUUUCUCUUUGACAGUGCUUCACCAUUGAGAAGCUGGGACGUCGCCCUCUCAUCAUAGUUGGGUUCUGUUUCAUGGGCAUCUGCUGUGCAGGCAUCACCCUGUCCCUGAUUCUGCAGGUAGGAACAGCCCCAUAGACACUUAUAUACCCAUGGAUGGCUGACAACGUCUCUGCAGUCCGUCCCACCCCCACCCCCAAUCGCAUAUUAGAUUUUGUGCUUCAGUUUGCACAGUGGGAUCAGAAGUGCUGGUGGAUCCUCAGAAACUCUAUCCUGCUAUAUCUAUACCACUGGUUUCCUUUUUCACACCUAAAUGCUAAAGUGUAAACAUAAGCAAGGCUUGGUCCUAGUUCAUAAAAUUGGUGCAAGUACAGGUGUGACCUCACACAGAAACAGGGAUGAGUGCAAGGGGGCAGGAUGAGGGGGGCAGGUUUAUUUGAGAAUCAGGAGAUGGAAGAGAACUACCAUCUCUGGAAUAUUGGUCAAGCUAGGUGGAGGACACCAGCUAAGUUAGGAAGCAAACAGCUAAGCUUGGAGCUAUGACAGCAGGGUGUUGUGCCUCAGCUGCUUGGAACGGAGGUGUCUGCUCAAGCAAGGGUCACAGGAUUGGCACAGCUAGCAGUCUGCAGACUGGGACUGAGUGUGGUCAAUUGAGCUGUAGGAUGCAGGCCUGGAUGUGGUGGUGGAAUCUCAGAACUGAAUGAGCCAAAGGGGCCCAGCUGCAUUUAUGUAAACUCUCUCAAUAACCUUCUAUCCUUCCCACAGGCAACUGUGUCCUGGAUGCGUUACGUCAGUGUGGCAUGUGUCAUUGGCAUCAUUGCAGGAUUCUGCAUGGGACCAGGUACGUUUCUGGUGCCAGACAGAGGCAUCCAAAGAAAUAACAAGGCGACAAAGCUCCUCUUCAAGAUCCCUGGGCACCAGCAAAGCUGUGGAUAGGCUGAGAUCACAGGAAACCUGGUCUGAGCUUGUGGCCCCCAAGAACAGGACUGUGAGGGAAUGUAAGAAGUUUGCUGAUAGGAUUCAGGUUAUUUUGGGUCUUACAGGAGAUGCAAUGAGUGGUGCAAUGAGUCUUCUUCUUAGUGGGGUAGGAGAGCUGAAAAUAAUGCCAAUAUAUUUCACAUCUGGCAACCAAUGUGCCCUUUUGGUUUGAGAUUGUACAUGGGAAGGCGAGUCUAAAAUGCCUGAGGACACAAAUUUUCAUGGCCCUCUAGCAGCUAUGGUGGCUCAUUUACCAGAAGUAAUGCACCGUAUUUAGCGUUAACUCUGGUGUAUAUUUUGCUCUAGGAGGCUUGGUUUGGUCAGAAUUGAGUAUACACUUCCAGUGUUUAGGCUAAAUACAUGACUUCUGGAAAAUGAGCCACCAUAACCGCUAGUGGGAUGUGGCUGGCACUGUGGUCUAAACCACAGAGCCUAGGGCUUGCCGAUCAGAAGGUCGGUGGUUUGAAUCCCCGCAACGGGGUGAGCUCCCGUUACUCGGUCCCAGUUCCUACCAACCUAGCGGUUCGAAAGCACGUCAAAGUGCUGUGGCAGGAAGGUAAAUAGCAUUUCUAUGUGCUGCUCUGGUUCGCCAGAAGCGGCUUAGUCAUGCUGGCCACAUGACCCAGAAGCUGUCUGCAGACAAACACCGGCUCCCUCAGCCAGUAAAGUGAGAUGAGUACCGCAACCCCAGAGUCAUCCGCGACCGGACUUAGUGGUCAGGGGUCCCUUUACCUGGGUACUAUCCAAAGGGACACAUUGGUUGCCAGAUGUGAUUUUUAAAAUCUCUCCUACCUCACUAUUUGAAUUGUCCUAAGUGCUGAGGACAUUUAUUUAUUUAUUUAUUUAAUAACAAUUCUACACUGCUCUUGACCAAUAAUAUGAGAAUAUAGACUUAAGAACGUAAGGAGAAACCUGCUAGAUCAGGCCAAUGGCCCAUGUAGCCCAGCACCCUAUUCUCACAGCAUCCUAUUCUCAACCAGAUGCCUGUGGGAAGCCCGCAAGCAGGACCUGAGGGCUAGGACCACAGCAUUCCCCCCCCCUUCUGAUUCCCAGCAUGUGGUAUUCAGAGGCAUACCCUGGCUUGGUUCUGGCAUUUUGAGUACCCAAAGGAUCAUGGUCAGCAGGCCACUGGUGGGAAUCUGAAUCUGUCACCACCUGCCAUGCCCUAAAACUGGUGCGGCAUGAAUUGCCUAACGGUGUCUUGCUUUGGAUUUCAGAGGCAACUCCUGCGAUUUCUGCUAACGAAAGGGCCAAAGCAGAGCUCUCUAAAUAUGAUGGACGAGGCGGCUGCUGGUUUACCCAAUUGAUGUAUUAGUAUAGCCGCCAACAGAUCCAUAACUCAUUGUCGGCCCAGAAUUUAUUCGCUGUAAUUACAUCUUUAAUUAGGAUUUUAAUGGCUCAUUGUUCACAAACAAUGAUGAAUCUGACUUUUAAAAUAUAAAUAUCUCUCUUCCCACUCUGGGUGAUCUGUGAGCAAUGCUCAAUCAGGGGUUUUUCUUAACAAUCCCUGGAUGGAUUUCCCCCCAGUAUUAUUAAGGCUGGUGGUUCUUUUUAACAACAACAAGAACAACAACAACAAAUAUUAUUAUUAUUUCAAGAAGCAGUCCCUUGUGUUCCUGAAAGAAAGUGGUGCUGCCUAAACUACCACCAUGUAAAGAGGGCAGAUCUUGAUGCACUAGGGCAGAUAGAUCUGAAACCUUUCUGUUGCAGGAGCACAAGGUCUUGGCUCCUUCUGUUAAAGAAGUGUCUGUCAUCAGCAUCACCAUAUAUAUGGAAGUGUGUAGGGCUACGCUGAACCAGAGAGCAGUUUUGUGAAUAUCUUUAUGCCCCUUGAUAAGCAGUCCUUCACUUACAGCAAUUAGAGGGGGUACUCAAAAGCAUGCAGAAGUGUUUAUGGGUUGUGGGGGGAGAGGGACCACAUCUCUGUUGCCUUGGAAACUAGGCUGAUAAUCCUGCUUUGCUGCAGUUACGCUGCUUUGCCCUCACUCAGAAGCCCUCUUCCAGCUCUGGAUGCACCAGAACAUGUGUUGGAAUGGGCAUUCAUGCUCGCAACCUACUGAGAGCAGCGUAGUGCAGACAGGCCACAUCUUCACUCAGAUGUGCAUCCUGGUAUGCAUCCAAGUGCACAUUCAGGUGUGGGUGUCACCUAUUCAACUGAUCUCAGUCGGAUUUGCACUCAAACAAACAUUUCCAUGUGACUUCUGGCAGCCUAGAUAGAGCCUGAUUAGAGCAAUGCAGCUUCGCGGGGCCUCCUCACUGUUUUUGUCACGUAGCCAAAUCUGAUUGGCUCCACAACAUCAUCACUUUUACUGCAUCACCCGUGAUUGUCUGAGAUCUCUUGGGGUUUUUUAAAGGGAGUGACAAAGCAGCAAUGGAUUGAGUGAAAAGAAGUGCAAAAAGUAAAAGACAGGGAGUUUGAUUAAUGGCUUUUGCAUCCUUUAUAGUAUGUGUUUUGCCCUGUUCUGGGGCCAAAAAUGUGGCACAAUUCUAACUUACUUUCUUUCUCUUUCUUUCUUUCUUUCUUUCUUUCUUUCUUUAAAUCCAUAUACUGUUUGGUUGUAAAAAAACAAAAACAAACUCACAGCAGUUUAUAAAAAGAUAAAAAUGUUAGAUGAAAAUUUGCAGCCAUGCUUUAAAACAUGCAAAAGUUAAAAUGCUAAAACAGAUUAAAUUUAAGUGGUUGUCUGUGCAGGUGGUCUUCCAAUUUGUCGCUGCAGGGGGCAGCAAUGAGCAAAAUAAAUGCCCCCUCUUGUGCAACAUUAUUUAAUGUCAAUCUUAAUAAUUAAGAUUUAUUGCUGGGUUGUUUUUUAUUUUUAUUUUUAUUAUGUGUUUUGUGCUUUUGUGUUGUAGCUGCCCUGUGGGUAUAGGGUGGUAUACAAAUUUAAUAAAUAAUAAUAAACAUCUUUGGGGAACCUGAUGAUUUGAAAUAGAUUCACCCCUGCAAGGGUUAUUUGCAGGUUCUGACUUUGAUAGUCUGGCCCCACUAACAGGGGCUCGGAUUAAAAGCCUAGCCUAGCCUAUUUGAUUCUGAGUGCCGUCUUUCCCAUACAGCUGGGGUUCCAUUUCUGAUGACAGCUGAACUCUUCAAGCAAUCGCAUCGGCCAUCGGCCUACAUUGUGGGUGGGUCCCUCAACUGGCUCUCCAACUUCACUGUUGGCUUUGUGUUUCCCUUCCUGCAGGUAAUACUGGGCCCCUUUGAGAGGCUGGUAGGCUCUGGGGUCCCCUGACUAGCAAGGCAAGAGAGCAGAAUGCCUAGUGAAGGCAUAGGCAAACUCCAGCCCUCCAGAUGUCUGGGGCUACAAUUCACAUCAUCCCUAGCCAACAGGACCAGUGGUCAGGGAUGAUGGGAAUUGUAGUCCCAAACAUCUGGAGGGUUGGAGUUUGCCUAUGCCUGGCCUAGUGGUUCUCAUGGCAGGUUCCUUCUAGCAGUGGUUGCAGGACACAGCACAGAGGAGAACCAUAUGCUGUAUUUCUGUGUGACCUAGAACUUUCUACUAGAAAUGGGGAAAGAGCUCCAUAGGUACUGCAUAGCUUAGUUCUUUCUCGGUAGUGGCGAUGGGGUCAUGCUCCAGCAUUCUGAGUGGCAGAAAACACACGUUACAGUAGACCAGCCUUCCCAAGCUCAUGCCCUUCAGACGUUCUGGACUGAAGCUCUCCCAUCAUUGUGGUCCAUGCUGGCUGAGGCUGACAGGAACUGUAGCUCAAAACACCUGGAAGGCACCAAAUAGGAGAAGACUGCCAUAGCAAAGCUGGUGAUGCCCCCAUGGUAGCAACAAAAUUAGUACCAAAAGAAACUAAGAGAGGGGGCAGUGUAUCUUUCUGAACCUUUAUUAUAUAUUGCAUAAAGCAGGGGUGGUCCUCCAGGGUAGGGUAGUGCCUUGCAUGCAGUAGGUCACAGGAUCUGUCCCAGGUAGCACUGAGAGUCAGGGACUGCCCACACAUUAGACAAGGUGAAGCCAUUUGCUUCAAGUAGCGGAUCCGACCCCCUUGCCCUCUCCACCCUCCCAUUGCACUGCUGCCAGCCCCAUUGUCCUCAUUGCUGCCACUACCCCCUUGUCGUUCCCCCAUUUGCUGCUGCUGCUGCGUUCUGGCAGCAGCAUGGGCACAACUGCAGGUGAGGGUGCCGUUGCUGUGAUGGGCUGGCAGCAGGGAGGGGUGGGGACCUGGAUCUGUGGAAGAGGGAGCGGAGCGUUUUGCCUAUAGCGGCAAAAUGUCUCAGACUGACACUGCUAGGAGUGGCUCUGACUUGAAACCCCGGAGAGCCUCUGCUAAUCAGUGUAAAUGGGUCUGAGCUGGAUGAAUCAAUGGCCGGACUCAGUGAAAGGCUGCUUCCUAUAUUCCAGAUGUUGUCGAACUCCCCUCCACAGCCAGUAUGGCCAAUGGCCAGCAAGAUGGUGGGAACGGUAGUCUAGCAACAUCUGGAAGGCCACCACAUUGUCUACCCUCUGCUCUAAAGAAACACAAGACCAGUUGUGAUCUUCGUCAUAUUACACGGAGAGAGAGAGAGAACCAGCAACAAAGCCAUCUGGUCUUGACAAGUUAUUCCCUAAUCAGAUCGCGUGGAUGCGCCAAAUGGCAAACCAAUUCCAUUGCUUUGUAAACACCAUUCCCUGCCCCAAGACAUGAAAUCAUUACAUUCUGAAAGUACCAGGCCUUCUCUUAUGUAAACAGCACUGGAAAGCCAAAGUGAAGGUUUCCUGUUGAAGGGUCAGAAAAGUAAUCUAGCACUUCUUGACAUACCAGUCGUAUAUGGUGAAGGUGUGUGUAUGUAACUAUGCUAAUUCACUUCAGUCACGGAAUUAAGAGUCUUCUGGUACUAAAUUUUAGGACUGUGUAAUCUAGAUCAGGGCAGUCCAACUUUUUAUAGCAAGGGGGCUACAAUCAAUAGUGGUGUGACAUGGGACUCACAGGCCACACACUGCCUUGUUGCAUGGGGGGAGGAGAGUGAGGCCAAAACCCCUCCCCCCUCGUGCUGCCUUCCCAAAGUCAGGUAAGCGAGGCACCGGGCUUGGGGAUAAGGUGCAAGGCUCUGGCCAGGUCCUAGAGCCCUUCUACCUCCUUCCCAAAGCCCAGCACCUCACUUAACCAGCUUUGAGAAGGCAUGGAAAGGGCUGGGGGAGAGCAUUAAAUGUUGCCAAGGGCCAUCAAAAAAGGCCUCAAUGGCUGUGCAUUGAACCACCCUGAUCUAUAUUAUUAAAUCCCCCACGGAGCCAGAAGGAAACACAUUAAGAGGAAGGGGAAGAGCAAUAGCACAGUGGUAGAGCCACAGAUUGGUUGCAGAAGGUCACAGGUUCAUUCUGCAGCAUCUCCAAGUAGAGCUCAAGGAAAACCCUGCCCAAAACCCUGAAGAGCUGCUGCCAGUCGUAGACUGGAGUGAGGAACCUUAGUCCCAAGGCCCAAAUGCAGCCCUCAAAGCAUUUCUGUCUGGCCCUCAGAACUCUUCCCACACUGCACCUGAUCCCCAGCCACACACCUUCUUCCCAUGCCCUGCCUCUCACAAACUCUGCUUCACACCCUCUUGGGGUGUUUUUGCUUAUACCCUGACCAUGCCUUUUGUUGCCUGGAUGGAGGAUAGAGAGAGAUGUAUAAGUAUGUUCAGAAACUAGCCUACUGUACAGUGGCAAUAUUUUUAUUUGUUGCUUCACUCACUUUUGCCUCUUCACACCAAACACCUUCCAUGUGGCAAUAUUUAUAUUGGUUGCUCUACUCACUUUUGCCUCUUCACACCCAACACCUUCCAUGUGGCUUCCAGGAGGAAAUGCUGAAAAGGGUUCUCCAACCCUCGGUGUAAACAAUACUGAGCUAGACAGACCAAUUGCCUGACUUCAUGUAAGGCGUCUUCCUAUAUUCCUAAGAGGCCUUAAUAGGUAAGAAGAGAACCUGUGAUCGUGAGGAAUGGGAGAUGCUGGGGUUUGCUAACAGAGAGGGUGCCCUAAACACUCAAAAUGCUGGAGGCUGCUUCUUAGUGCACUGAACCAACCAAAUGGAUGAGGACUGGGUAGAGCCUGUUUGUGUCCCUCUGCUUAUCUGGACUCUUCUUUGUUUCCAUUCCCAGAUGUCUGCUGGUGCCUUCUGCUACUUGGUCUUUUGUGGCGUCUGCCUUUUGGUGGCACUGUAUGUCUAUUUCAUCAUCCCCGAGACCAAAAACAAGACAUUUAUGGAAAUCAGCCACAUGUUUGCCUCUCGCCCCUCCUUCCUCUCCAGCUUGCCGGAUUCUGUCAAGAUGAUCAAGUUCAAUGGUUAUGGUGCCCUGGAGAACAGCUCCCUGGAACUCUCUGGCUCAGGAUCCAACCCUCCAUGA